AUGAAAGUCAUUUCAUGAAAAAGAAAGAGUCGACUUUUUCAAAUGCUUCAAGCCUUCAAGUUUCAACCUUAAUAAGAUUCUCUGUCUUGUUCGUGAGCAAGGAACCAAAUUCUAUGAAAUUACCAUCUUAAACCUGUCAUCUGUUUCAGUUUCGUGAUCGUUCCGGGAGUCGAGAUCAAUGGCUGGUGAAGGAGAGGGCCCAGCAAUAGGGAUCGAUCUGGGGACGACGUACUCGUGCGUGGCAGUGUGGCAGAAUGAUCGGGUAGAGAUCAUAGUGAAUGAUCAGGGCAACAGGACGAUGCCGUCUUAUGUUGCCUUCACUGACAAAGAGCGUUUGGUCGGUGAUGCAGCUAAGAACCAGGUCGCCAAGAACCCCGCUAACUCUGUCUUUGAUGCAAAGCGGUUGAUUGGUAGGAGAUUUAGUGAUUCCUUAGUUCAGAACGAUAUCAAGCUUUGGCCAUUCAAGGUUAUUGAAGGUCAUGCUGACAAGCCAAUGAUUGUGGUCACUUAUAAGGGUGAAGAAAAACAUUUUGUUGCAGAAGAAAUCUCAUCCAUGGUCCUCAAAAAGAUGCGUGAAAUUGCAGAGGCCUACCUUGACAGACCGGUGAAGAAUGCUGUAGUCACUGUCCCGGCCUAUUUCAAUGACUCACAGCGUAAGGCCACAAAGGAUGCUGGGGGCAUUGCAGGACUCAAUGUCAUGCAGAUAAUCAAUGAACCAACAGCCGCAGCCCUUGCAUACGGUUUUGACAAGGUGACCGUUGAUAAGAGAAAUGUGUUGAUAUUUGAUUUGGGUGGUGGUACUGCAGAUGUCUCACUACUUAUCAUUGCCAAUAGUACUUUUAAAGUAAAGGCCGUUGUUGGAGACACUCACCUCGGAGGUGAGGACUUUGACAACAGAAUGGUAAAGUACUUCAUUGAAAUAUUUAAGAGGCGUCACAAGAAAGAUAUUAGUGGAAAUGCCAAAGCUUUGAGAAGGUUGAGAACUGCUGCUGAGAGAGCAAAAAAGAUUCUUUCUUCCGCAUCUGAGACUACCAUUGAGGUUGAUUAUUUAUAUGAUGGUAUUGAUUUCUCCACAUGUAUUACCCGUGCUAGAUUUGCGGAACUCAAUAUGGACUUGUUCAAGAAGUCUAUUGAGCUUGUGGAGAAGUGUUUGGCUGAUGCUAAGAUGGACAAGAGAGGAGUCCACGAUGUUGUUCUUACUGGUGGCUCUUCCAGAAUUCCUAAGGUGCAGGAGCUGUUGCAAGACUUCUUUGAUGGAAAGCAACUUAACAAGAGCAUCAACCCAGAUGAAGCUGUGGCUUAUGGAGCCGCUGUUCAAGCUGCAAAGAUCGCUGGUAUGGGUAAUAAGAAAGUUCAAGACAUUGUGCUCUUGGAUGUCACCCCACUGUCCCUUGGUGUGGAUGCUGAAAGAGGUUUGAUGACCGUUGUGAUUCCGAGGAAUACCACCCUUCCCACCAAGAUGAAGCGGAAGUACUGUACCAUCAAGGACAACCAAACUUCUGUUUUCUUCCGGGUUUACGAGGGGGAGAGAGCAAGAGCUGUGGAUAACAACUGGUUGGGAGAAUUUACGCUUUCCCCAGUUCCUGCAGCACCCAAGGGUGUCAUUGAGAUUAUAGUAUGUUUUGAGAUUGAUGCCAAUGGUAUCUUGAAUGUUUCUGCCGUGGAGAGGACCACUGGCAUGAGUUGUAAGAUAACAAUUACAAAUUACAGGACUUCAUUAUCCACUACAGAGAUUAAUAGGAUGAUCCAGGACGCGAAGGAAUACGAAGUUGAAGAUGAUGAGCAUAGGAAGAAGGUUAGGGCUAAGGAAGCUUUAGAGAACUAUGCCUACAAAAUGAGGAACAUUGUCAAUGAUAAGGAGAUUGAUGAGAAGCUUGACGCUGAGGGUAAGGAGAAGAUUGAAGCUGCUAUUAAAGAGGUGAUUCAUUGGUUAGAUGGCAUACAGCAUGUCGAGGCAGAUGAGUUUGAGGAAAAGCUGGUUGGGCUUGUGUUAACCUGCAAUCCAAUCAUUGGAAAGAUCUCUGGACAACAAUAAGCAUUUUGAGCAGCUCCUCUCAUAGAAAAUAUGACAAUUUGCUUAUUAAUUAGUACAACGGAUGCGGAAGGACUCAGACCAUGCUUUUUUUUCUUUCUUUCUUUUUUUUUAAAAAUCCCAACGUACUUUUUUUUUUUGUGUCCAAAGCUAUAAUUCUAGUAUUUUUGUUGCCGGUGUAUUUUGACAUGGCUUUGUUGGGUUUUUGAGUACACUUGUAUGGUGUCUCAUAUUGUUAAGAUAUAAGAAGUAAAGUGAGCGGUUUGUAUAGUAUAUAUAAUUGAACUCA